UGCUUGAUAUGCCGUCCAAGAAGACGGAAAUUUGUUCGCCGAUUUAUCUGCCCUCGCAAUGGGUAUUUUAGAGAAAAUAUCUGAGAUCGAAAAAGAAAUUGCCAGGACACAGAAGAAUAAAGCAACCGAAUAUCAUCUGGGACUCUUGAAAGCAAAGCUUGCCAAAUACCGGUCCCAGCUUUUGGAGCCGACCAAGAAAUCGGAGAAAGGAGAAGGUUUCGAUGUUCUGAAAUCAGGAGAUGCGAGAGUAGCUUUAAUCGGUUUCCCAUCGGUUGGUAAAUCGACGUUGUUGAGCACAUUGACUCAUACGGAGUCUGAAGCCGCGUCUUAUGAAUUUACCACGUUAACAUGUAUUCCUGGAGUCAUCGAGUACAAAGGCGCAAAUAUUCAACUUUUGGAUUUACCUGGAAUAAUUGAAGGAGCUGCACAGGGCAAAGGAAGAGGUAGGCAAGUGAUAGCUGUUGCGAGAACUGCCGAUUUGGUGCUAAUGAUGUUGGAUGCUACCAAGCAAGAUGUGCAAAGGCAACUACUCGAAAAAGAAUUGGAGUCAGUUGGAAUACGGCUUAACAAACGUAAACCUAAUAUUUACUUCAAAAUCAAAAAAGGUGGCGGUUUGUCCUUCAACUCGACGUGCCCAUUAACUAGAGUCGAUGAGAAACUAGUACAAAUGAUCCUACACGAAUAUAAGAUCUUCAAUGCCGAAGUACUGUUUCGAGAGGACUGCACAGCCGACGAACUGAUAGAUGUUAUCAAUGCUAAUAGAGUUUACCUUCCUUGCCUCUACGUAUACAAUAAGAUAGAUCAAAUAUCGAUAGAAGAAGUCGACAGGAUCGCCAGGCAGCCCAAUAGUGUUGUUGUUAGUUGUAACAUGAAGCUGAACCUGGACUUCCUUCUGGAGACCCUUUGGGAAUACUUGUCGCUGAUAAGGGUGUACACCAAGAAGCCUGGCCAGCCUCCAGAUUUCGACGAUGGACUCAUCCUCAGGAAAGGUGUGACCGUCGAGCACGUUUGCCAUGGAAUUCAUCGCACACUUGCCCAACAGUUCAAAUAUGCAUUGGUUUGGGGUACGAGCACCAAGUAUUCGCCCCAGAGGGUAGGAGUACAGCAUGUGAUGCACGAUGAAGACGUCAUACAGAUAGUGAAAAAAUAAUAAGUUCACCGAAAGUUACACUAGUGGUUGGGACUUGAGUCCUCCGGAGCAAGGAUGAUGUGCCUGAAUCAAUUCAGUUUUUUUUUCAUUCAAAGAUGCGAUUGGCUGACAUCGGAAGCAUGUUGUUGGAAAUGUCGAACUGAAUAUGAAAGUGUGAUAAAAACUGGAGUUUAACGUUCGUGCGCAUUUCGUGUGUAUAUUAUUAUCAGGUGCGUUGCAAGUUGCGCGACGCCUCCUCGGUGAAACGAUUUUAUAUAAAAUAUACUUCAACUGCCUGGGCA